AUGCUGCCUUUUGCCGUGUUGAUCGAGGAGCGUGCUCGGGACACCGCGGAGUGCCUCAACCUGCUUGGGGGCUACGCCACGCCACGGGUCGCGCCAGAGCGCCUCUCACAUCUGGAUGAUCUGCUGCAUCGGCGUGUUCGAGGGCUGCAUCGUCAUAUGGCUGCCCCUCCGAGCACGUCGGCCCAGGAAGCCUGCUCAGAGCUUUUGGGCCGCCCGUGUCUGCACUACGACACGGCUAACGACUUGCCGCUGAGGCCCUACGCUCCGCACCUCGCGAGUUGGCCCGAGCUGGGAAACGAGCCUCAGUGGCUCGCGGAUCGGCUGGGGACAAGCGAACGACGCUCUCUCUUGGGCCUCGACCAUGCUUUGCUGCUGCCGCCGCCGAGCUUCGACGAGGCCGUGGAGACAGAGGGGGGGCCCACGUUGUACAUGGACCCUGUGCUGGAGCGGAACAGGCCGCUCUACUUUGAAUUCAUCCAGUCUGGCAUCUCGCGGGGCGUCUUCGUCUUAGGGAAAGAGAGGACCGAGGACGUCUCCGCCUUCUUCGCGGCUAAGAAGGGCGAGCGGAUCAGGAUGGCGCUGGACUGCAGGCGUAGCAACCAGCGGUUUCAGCCUCCUCCGUCGGUCAGCCUGUUCUCCGCCGCGGGGUUCGCGGACCUCGAGGUGCCGAAGGACACGCCCCUCUACUACGCGGGGGUGGACGUCCAGAACGCGUUCUACCAGCACAAGCUGCCGGCCUACCUGCGGUCGUACUUCUGCUUGCCGAAGGUCACCGCGGGCGAGCUCGGCAUCAGCAGGCUUGACGGGCGGCGUGUCCCGCCCUGGGCCUGCCUUUACCCACAGCUUGCCGUUGUUCCCACGGGGUGGAGCUGGGCACUCUUCUUCGUUCAGAAGGCCCACGAGCGGACGCUGGACCAGCGCGACGCCCUGAGGCCCGAGCGGCGGGCGGUCGACUUCGCGCCGGUCCCCAGCCCGCUCGAGGAGCCCAUCCACUCGCUGUGCGUCGACAACGCGCUCGUGGUGGGCACCGACCGCGAGGCCGUGACCAAGGUCAGGCGCGAGGCCUCCAAGGCGCUGGAGGGCUCCGGCCUGGCCGUCCAUGACGAGACCGACGCCGCCGAGAGCGUGGCCAUGCUCGGCGGGCAGCUGCAUGGAUCGCCUGCCCGCGCCACCUUGGCGCCGCGGCGGUUCUGGAAGCUGUGCACGGGGCUCGGCUACUUGGCGCAGCGCCGGCCCCGCGUCACCAGCCGCGACGUCGAGCACGUCAUCGGCCACUGCACGUUCGCCGCGCUGUGCCGGCGUGAGAGCUUGAGCUGCUUCAGCGCCGUCCACUCGUUCGCCCAGCAGAAUUGCCAGCGCGCCAGGCCCCUCUGGGCGUCGGCGCGGCGCGAGUUCAGGAUCUUCCGCGGCUUGCUGGUCACGCUCGUCUCGGACCUCGACGCCGAGUGGUCCACCAAGGUCGUCAUGACUGACGCCUGCGAGACGGGCCACGCCUCUGUCGAGGGCGAGUGGGACCUUUCCGAGGUGCAGAGUGCUGGUCGCUGGCACGAGCGGUGGCGGUUCCGCCACACGCGUGAGGCGGACGGGGGUUGGCGGCCGCGCGACCGCGCGGCACGUGCGGCCGAGGUCGCCGAGCUCGAUGCGCACCCGUCUGUUCUGUUGCGCCAGGGUCUCGCCAACAAACGAUUCCCUGAAGUUGUCGACGCACACCAUCCGCCGCACCAGCUGGAUCCCAUGCAUCGUAAGGAGGCAUGGGGUGACUUACACGCCGUGAAGCUGAUCCUGUCGGACGCGGACUCCUGGGGGAAGAGGCGCUUCAACGCGGCCGACGGUGACAGCCGCUCCCGCGAGGGCGCUGCAGGGCGCGCUGCAUCUGGGGCCGGCUGGCGCGCUACCGCGGCGCGCGGGCGUCAGCUCCGGCACCGCCGCAGCUCGGCGCGGGGCCCCGAGGGCAACAGUCGGCUCGGCAGCGGCUGGCCCGCGGCCCCCGCGGGCCCGCCGGGGCUCGGCCGCAGCCCCGCCGCCGGCAGCCGCGCGCCCGCUGCGGCCCCGCGGCCUCGCGGCGCCGCCGCCGACCAGGCGGCUGAAGCGCAGCGCGCCUGGGAGUGGCCCGACAGCGCAGGCCCCUCUGCGGCCCUCGGCGGCUCGGACGCCGGCGCCAUCCCCCUGCGGGAGCUGCCGCGCUCUGUGCAGCGCCGCCUGGACGCUGGGGAGCAGGCGCGGGACACCACCCGCCAGCUCUCUAUCACCGAGGCUGCUGCGGUGGGACGGCGGAGCCGACUGCAGUACACGCGGCUGCUCGAGCUGCUCCUCAGUCGCAGUCGCCUGACGUCUCUGGCUGCGCCUGCUGCCGACACGGACGCCGCCGUGGUGAGGUUCUUCGACGAGCUGCACCUCGAGGGGAAGGUUGCGUCGACGGGCGAGAAGCUGCUCGCCGCCAUCUUCAUGCACGUGCCCGACUACCAGAGCAAGGGGAAGCUGGCCCUGCCGCGCGCCUACCGCGCGCUGCGAGGGUGGCGCCUGCUGCGGCCGUCGCGGACGCGGCGCCCGCUGCCCUGGGCGGCUUGCAUGGGCGUGGCGCGCCAGAUCUGGCGGAUCAGCGGCCGCCCCGACCUCGCGGUGUUCUGGCUCCUGAUGGUGGACACGUACCUGAGGCCUGGCGAGGCGUUCCGCCUGACCCGCGGCCAAGUGAUCCCUCCGCAGGCGCACAUGCCCAAGGUGACAAUCCACAUCAAUCCCGACUACAUGAAGAGGCCGAGCAAGACUGGCGAGAUGGACGAGACAGUGGACGCGGCACGUCCAUGGCUGGGCAACCCUCUGGUUCGGCUAGCCCAGGGCCCGUCCAGCGCCCCCUUGUGGACGUUCACCAUGGCGGAGGCCAAGGACGUGUUCGAGCGCGCGACGCGCGCGCUGAACUUGGACAAGCAGCUGCCCGUGCUCUACACGGCCCGGCACAGCGGCGCGUCCAUCGACCGCUUCACGGGGAGGAUCUCGUUGCAGGAGGUCCAGCGGCGCGGCAGGUGGCGCCAGCCGAGCUCGGUCAGGCGCUACGAGAAGCGCGGGCUCAUCCAGGCGGUGUGGAGCGAGAUGGAGCCCUCGGCCAGGACCUACUGCCCCCAGGCCGAGGCCGAGCUGCCCUCGCUGCUCGGCGCCGCCUCGCUAUCCGUCAACGCUUGA